GAUAGGAGAAGUGGUGAAGCAGUAGAGGACGCUGAGCGAGCAACGGGGGUCGCGCGUUGUCGUCUCGGCUAGGGGGAGUUCGUAGUAGAGUGUUUUGCUGUGCUGUUUUGCGCGCGCGGCUAGCGAUUCCACAAAUUGGUUCUUUGGGCAGCACUCCUUCUAAACUGGAAAGCUACACCUCAACAUCCCGAAGAUGACCACGCAUAAAGUUUCCAUCAUCGGCUCUGGAAAUUGGGGUUCUGCAAUAGCUCGCAUAAUUGGACUCAACGUGCAGAAGUUCGACUUCUUUGACAACAAUGUUAGAAUGUAUGUUUACGAGGAGAUUGUUGAUGGGAAGAAGCUCACAGAGAUUAUCAACACACAGCACGAGAACGUCAAGUACCUUCCAGGCUACAAGAUCCCCGAGAAUGUUGUUGCUGUUCCUGACAUAGUAGCAGCUUGUGAUGGCUCAGACAUUCUGGUCUUUGUCCUGCCACACAAGUUCAUUGUUCCAACGUGUAAGCCUUUGAUUGGAAAGAUCAAGGCUGGCGCAGUUGGGUUGUCAUUGAUCAAGGGCUUUGACAUCGCACCUGGUGGCGGAAUUGAACUGAUAUCUAAUGUCAUUAAGAAGCUGCUCAAUAUCGAUGUGUGUGUUCUCAUGGGAGCUAAUCUGGCCAAGGAGGUUGUAGACGAGAAGUUCUGCGAGACAACGAUCGGCUGCAAGGACCCUCACAGUGGUCUUCUUCUGAAGAACCUUAUUCAGACAGAGUACUUUAGGGUCACGGUGGUGGAUGACAUUCCAACUAUUGAAAUCUGUGGUGCCCUCAAGAACAUUGUUGCCUGUGGGGCCGGCUUUGUGGAUGGCCUUGGCUAUGGCGACAACACCAAGGCGGCAGUGAUUCGGCUAGGGCUGAAGGAAAUGAUUGCCUUUGCUGACUACUUCUACCCGGGCGGCAAGCUGAGUACGUUCUUUGAGAGCUGUGGCAUUGCUGACCUCGUCACAACCUGCUAUGGUGGCCGCAACCGCAAGGUUGCCGAGGCUUUCGUCACUUCCAAUAAGACCAUCGAGGAGCUGGAAGCCCAGCUUCUUAAUGGUCAGAAGCUCCAGGGGCCAGAAACAGCAGAGGAAGUUUAUGUCCUGCUUCAAAGUAAGGACAUGCUGGAUAGGUUUCCACUCUUCGUGGCCAUCCAUCGAAUAUGCAAGCACGAAAUACCACCCAGCGAAAUGAUCCAGUGUAUCAAGAACCAUCCCGAACACAUGAACCCUGAGUUCGAGUUGCCCAGCCACUUGUAGGCUGCCUAAGUCGAAGUUGCAUUCAACCGGACAGGAAAAAAUGGGGAGGUUACUUUUUGUUGAUGUCGCUUGUAAUUGCUCACUGCAUCUGCAACUUCCAGUCAUGCACAGUGAAAGAUUGGUGUGUGUGUUUGUGCUAUCUUUUUAAGACAUAAGAAACAAUGUCAAAUAUAAAAAGUCAAUAUUAUAGCUUAUCCUCUUGCCUAUCGCACACUGAUGGUAAAGUGGCGACACUUGUUGCAAAUUAGGUAAUAUAUUUUAAUUCCUUUCGUUAUCAGCCAUGUACAGACAGUGGCAAAAGUAUACAGGUUGUGGGAUCUGAGAAAAUGUCAAAUUAUUGUGUAGUUUGUGACUGUAGCCAGUACAGUCACACAGCACUGUGAUGUUCUACUACUAUACUAGUAUAGUAGUAGAAUAUACUAGUACACACUAGCUGCAAAUCCAGAUACUGGAGUGUGCAAAUGUCCAACCUUUUACAAGAUCCAACAGUCUGUAAACAUUUGACGUCGACUGUACCGUGUAUUCCCAUUUGCUCUGAAUUUCUUACUAUAUUCCUGUACAGGUAGCUUUAGUCAAUCAGCUAGUAAGCUACCUGCGCACUGCAUCAAUUUUUCACCUAGCAAUCCAGACUGUGUGUAUUUUUGCAGGUUGCAGUUCUAAUCAAAUCCUGAUGAAAACUGAUUUUGAUCUUUCAAAGUACUUACCUUUGCCAUCUUGCUAUUUCAAUGAAGUUUUGUUAGGGAUAAUCUUUAUCGGAUCACAUUUAUAGACUUUAAAAGAAUACAAUUUUUUUAAAUUCUUUUCUGUGGAAUAACUAAAGCAAAGCACCAUUUUGUGUUUUUCUUUUUGUUUGCUUUUUUUUGUUUGCUUUUUUUGUGUGUGGUUAUGUGGCUACCAGGGUAGGGUGCCUUGCAUUAAGCUGUAAUGUGCUAAAAUGGCCAUGCCUUGAAAGCUUGAGCUGUGCACAUUUAACCAGUUCUUGACUAGUGCUUUUCAUAUUGCUCUUCAGAUUUCUUUAAUUUUUUAUAUAUAUUAGGUGCUUUUCUUUGUGCCAUCAGUGUACUUAUUACCUCAUAAAGGCUAAAGGUCGACUUAGUCAUACAUUUACUGUUGUAAACACAGGUAUUCCUAAAUGUUUAAGAGGUUUGUUGACUGCUAUGUUGUAAGAAUCAUGCUAUUUCUUAUAUCUGAUACAAACGAAAAUUGCACCUGAAUGUGCCUGUCAAAGCAUGCUGCCAAUUCCCUGUGCACGGCAUCAAUGUGCUCAUCACUUUUUGUGCCUUAGGUAGGGCUGGGUGGUCAUUUAACCUCCUGAUUAAUCAAAUGAUGUUUUUACUAUAGUUCAUAUUUUAGCCAUUUAUAAUUUGUUGGAAGUCAGUGUUUCAAAAUGAGCUAAGUGUGCUGUUUUAAAAUUCUGCAUGUGCUUUUUUGUAACGCUAUCUCUGUGCAGGUAAACAGCUUUCUAUUGCAGCAGUAUAUCAAGUGCAGUUAUUGUCCUUCUUUGCUAACAGCCUGUUAAGGAAAAUGUAUCGGUUGAAAGUUUAAAAACGGCAAGGGCCUCAAACACUUGAUCCGAUCUUAAGGACAGCUACAGGUUUAACAAAAUAAACCUGCAUUCCUGCUGCAGUUACGAUUUAAUAAUUGGACUGAUCGUGUUCAUUAAUUAAUUCGUCAAUUUAUCACAAUUUGGUUCACACAGGGCAUAAUAUAACAUUAAUAAAGAGAUAUCUGAGCAGGUUCACCCGGGAUCAAACUAGCAAUCUUGCUUUCAAGCCCAGCUUUCUGACCAUUACUCCACAGCUGCUUUGGGCAAGCAAAUAGAUAACAGUACAUUAGCCCUAAAGUAACGCAGACUUUUUCAUAGUGCUUUUCUUGAGCUUAAUACUACAGCGUUGAUCAAGCCACAGUACCAGCAGAGUUGCAAGCACUGCAAUGCUCUUCCAUUGCAUUACUGGUGUUGGCAUCGCUGCGUGUGCUGUCUGUGAGAUUUACCCCUUCUUAAAGCAAAUGUAAAAAACAACAAAACGAUCGCCUGGAGCACAGACAAACCAUAAAGGCCAUAUUGUGGAGGACUCUCUAACCAAGCAUGUCUUGUAUGUCCUGCUUGCAAAUAUAUGCUUAUUCAGACUGAAAAGCCGCUUAGCAUUGUCUGGAAGUUUUCACGAGUUCUUGAAGGGCUCUUCUUGAGAUUGUGUGACAGCCUCUAAGUGCACUGAGAAGCUGGGAAUUAAUGUCAUGCUGUGCAGUAAUUGGUAUACAGGAACCAAAGUGUCACUGAAGCAUUCUUUCCCUUAUUUAAAUUUAGAUAUGUAUGUAAGUCAACAUGGUCGUGUGUAAUUGAACACUUAAAUUAUGCAUUUGUGAGCUAUUGGUACAUGACUUGGAAAACAAACAACACCAAAAAAUGAGACUAAAUAAUCUGAACAGUGCUCUGUCUUGCUUCUUGUUUAUUCCUGUUUCCUAGGGCUGUUUGUUUUCCAGCUUCUUAAAAGCUGGCCGAUAAUUUCGUUUAAUACUAUUUCUAUCAACACCCAGCUCUACCUGUACAAUGUGUUAUCAUGCUUCACAAUUACUAGGUAGUUAGACUUCUGUGCAAUAAAUUGUGUUCUCGGGUUUGUAGAAUGAAGAUAAGCAAAGCACGCAGUGUAUCAAGUUGUGCCAUAGUGUGCGAGUAAGUUUCUUAGAUGUGUGCAUUUCACUAUGCUUGAAGGGAAAAGCUUACAGACUGCACAACCUGUGAUGAAAAGACUGGUUUCUUGAUGGCUCAAUGGCUAAGGUGUUCUGCUUCUGGGAACAAUGUCGCACACUUGAUACCUGGCCAUAACAACAGUGUUAAAGGGGGCGGAAUGCAAGAAAGAUCCUGUGUUCCCAAAUUUAAGGACACGUUAACGAAGCCUAAUAUCUAAAAAUUAAUUUGGGACAUUUCACUGCACCCACCAUGGUAGCCCAGUGGCUGUGGCGUUGCGCUGCUGAAGUCAAGGUCGCGGGUUCAAUCGCGGUUGUUGCAGCUGCAUUCUGAUUGAGGUGCAGUACAAGAAUGCUCAUGUACCAAGUAUUCGGUGCUGCUUAAUGGAACUCCCAGUGGGUCAAAUUAAUCCAGUUGCCCCAAAGCGGCAUGCCUCAAGAUCAGAUCGUGGCCAUGGCACCAACAAACCCAGAAUUUAAUUUAAUUUAAUUAGGCCUUCGCUGCAGUCUCUCGUAGCCCAUGUGUUGCUUUGGGAUGUUAAACUGAAUUGAACUAAUCACUCAGUCGUGAACCAAUCAAAAUUUUGUAGCUUUUGGAUGCAAGAUAUUAUGAAAAGCUGUGUAUCUGUGCCUGCACAUGUGACGAGAUUGUCGUCACAAACAGAAAAUGGAAGAAAUGUGAUGUCAAACACGUCUGCAAAAAUUUAUUUUUUCCUCUUUUUAUAUAUUACUCUUAUUGGCACUGCCGAUAUUGAGGAUAGACAAAUGAAUAAAUUGUUAUGGCACCCUUUAAUAUCAUGCUUCUUGUCAUAUGCGCUGAGGAAUUUUGUUCACAGCCUCAUCGGUCUGUAAUCUUUUGCCUUCAAUAAUGCCCAUCAGAGAACAUGUUUGUGACCUGAAAAAGUGACCUGAUAAAAGUGUGUUGAUUGUUUUUAGAAAGAUUAUUGUGUUGUGACUGUGAGGAAUCGUAAUACAAUGUAUGUUAAAGAACUUCAGUAUUUAGAGAUCAUGCAUGAUUGAAGGUGUAAGGAUUAGUUUACGUAACAUGUAUAACGUCAUUUUAUCAAUGCUCCUACUCUGGUGCCAAAUUGCACCAAAUAAUAUUUCCUGUACCAUCCUGAUGGAAAAAAAGAUGAUAAUGGUGAUGCUUAUUCAACCCCUUUGAAGCAGGGUGAGGACAAAUAGUCCUCUAGCCUGCUUGGUUUAAUCAGGUUUCAUGUCUGUUGCUAUCUAGCCUUGUGCCUAUCUGACCUCAACCGUAACUUUCAUAUUGAAAACCUCUAUCACUGUAUUAUACCAUUACCUACACUUGUAAUGACUGCGAUUCUAUCAAUCCCCUUUCUGAUUUUCUUUGAGCAAUACACUUGUUGUCUCUUUA